AUGGCGAGCACAGCACUCAGUCGUGGUGCAGUGAAAAGCAUUUAUGGCAUGAACACCGUGUCGCGGCCUGUGCUUCAGGUACAGGAGGUAAGGAAGCUACAGCCCAGUGUAGCGCAGCAGGCACAGGCUACAACCAGCGGUGAUCGUUAUCGAGUGGUUCUAUCGGAUGGCGAGCACUUGCUACACUGCGUGCUCAUGGCCCAACUGAACUCGUUCGUUUUGAGUGGGGAUCUCGAUAAAGGAUCAAUCGUUCGGUUGGUCGACUAUCAACCGAACAAAGUUCAAGACCGAGUUGUUGCCAUUAUCAUCAACCUGGAGAUUUUGGAGCGAAAUGCGCCCACUGUUGGCAACCCGAAAGCGUUUGAUCCCAGGGCGAGCACGGAUACCGCAUUAAGCUCGCAUAGCUUUGAUGAUGAUUCAACGGAAACGGCAAGAAAAAGGCAGGCGGUCUCAGCCGGUGUCGAACAUAAGCCUCCACCGCCGCGGGUAACACCCGGCGCGCCUCCAGUGUCCGUACCGCCACCUGUUAAAUCUGCAGCUGCUGGCCCCGUAGUGCGGUUUGACCAAGGUCUGGGAUCAUCAGUGGAAACUCUAGCACCGCCGGGUGGCUACACAAAGAUCAGCGCCGCCAACCCGUAUCAGAACAACGUGAUCAUAAGGGGUCGCGUGGUGCAGAAGGGAGAACUGCGUACGUAUUCGAACGCCAAAGGCGAAGGGAAACUCUUUUCUUUCGAAAUAGCCGACGAAACAGGGAAUAUGCGCGUUACGGCGUUUCGUGAAAAGGCCCUCGAGGCACAUCAACGCAUUGAGCUGAACGGGAUUUACAGUAUUGCAGGUGCGAGCUUGAAACCAGCAAACGCUCAGUUCAAUCAUACGGGUCAUUCUUUUGAGAUGAUCUUGGACCAGAACUCGGUCAUCACCCAGCUUCCGGAUGAUAAUAUGAUUCAACGCGUCUCGUUCGACUUUGUCAAGAUACGUGAUCUAAUGGAUGUUCCUGUCGGGAAAGUGGUUGAUGUCAUUGGCAUCGCUUUGGACAUCGGUGAAGUUGGAGAAAUCAGCUCCAAGACGACAGGCCUGCCGGUUGCAAAACGGGAAGUCAAACUGAUUGAUGAUACUGGAUGCAGUGUUGCGUUAACGAUUUGGGGUGAGCGAGCUCGUUCUCUCUUUUCCAAUGAAGAUGACCGUCCCGUGUUGCUCGUCAAAUCCGCAAAACGCGGUGAUUUCAAUGGCGUCAGCCUCAGUACAACACCCAGCUCUCACGUCGAGGUGAAUCCUAACAUCCGUGAGGCCUUCGAGCUGCGGGGCUGGUUCGAUUCGGAAGGGCAUGGCGCUGAGUUUCAGGAUCUUGGCGGCACACCGCUUGGUGGAGCACGAACAGAGAGUCGUAUCCGAAACAGUGAACGCAAAACCUUCGCCCAAGUGCAGAGCGAGCACAUCGGUGAGGAUCCUCACUCUGCACCCGGUGCGUCAUACUACACGGUUCGCGCUACUAUAAGCCACAUCAAACAGGAUGAAGAACGCCCACCAUGGUAUCUGAGCUGUCCAGACUGCAAGAAAAAAGUUAUUGAAGAGUCUCCAGAUAUGUAUCGAUGUGAGCGCUGCGAUAAGCUCGUGAAACCUACCCCCCGCUAUAUAUUCAGCAUUCAAGCAAUGGACGCUACCGGAAGCCACUGGCUUAACUGUUACGACGAAGUAGGUCCUAUCAUUUUCGGAGGCUACAGCGCAGAGGAACUGAAAAGAAUCAAAGAAACAGAUUCUGAGGAGUACCAGAGAAUCCUGGAACAAGCACAUUUUGGUGAGUUUCUGUUUCGUGUUCGCGUCCGCAGCGAUACCUACCAAGAUGAGAUGACGUUCCGUCACAUGGUUGUCGGGGCGGAGAAGAUCAAUUACGAGUCUGAAAUGAAAAUGCUUGAAUCAGAAAUACAUAAUUAUGACCAGGCUGGUCAACGGCUCACGAAACCAUUCCAAGAAACCAUUUCUGCGCUGCACUAG